AUGUUCGCCCAGCGGGCCGCCGCCAUCUGCGUCAAGCUCGACCGCGACGACGACACCUCCGGCGCGGGGGCGGGCUGGUGCAAGCGGCGGCGCCUCUGGACCGCGGCGGACUACGAGCCGACGCGCGCGCUCGGCGAGGGCGGCUUCGGCGCCGUCGUCGAGGCGCGGCACCACGCCACGGGCCAGGCCGUCGCCGUGAAGGCGCUCCGCGCGCCGGCGCCAGGCGGGGCCGGGGCGGCCAAGGCUCGCGCGGACGCCACCGACGAGGCGCUGCGCGAGGCCGAGUUCCUCGUGGCCUGCCGCGGCCACCCGUCCCUCGUCGACCUCCACGCGCUCGCCAUCAACCGCGGCACGAGGGAGGUCGCGCUCGUCAUGGAGUGCGUCGGGCCCAACCUCCACGACGUCCUCAACGACGGCCGGCACCGCGCCGGCCGGCCGUUCCCGGAGUCGGACGUGCGGCGGCGCAUCAUGCGGCAGCUCCUGGGCGGGGCCGAGCACAUGCACGCGCGCCGGAUCAUGCACCGCGACAUCAAGCCCGGGAACAUCCUUGUCGCCGCCACCAGCGCCGCCAGUGGCGAGCCCAUCUCCGUCAAGAUAUGCGACCUCGGGCUCGCCGCCGCGAUCACAAAACCGCCGUCGUACGAACGGGCCGGCACGCGCCGGUACAUGGCACCCGAGAUGCUCCUGGGCAAGACAGACUACGAUGCCACGGUGGACAUGUGGUCGCUUGGCUGCGUCAUGGCGGAGCUCCUCACCGGGAAGCCACUGUUCGACGGGAUCGACGACAACGACGUGGUCCUCCGGAUAUUCAGCGUGCUCGGCGCGCCGGGGCCGAGGUCGUGGCCAGCCUUCAAGUGCCUCCCGCUCGCCGGCACGGUGACCGUGCCGCCCGUGCGCCACCGCAACCGGCUGCGGCAGUUGUUUCCCAAGAAGCGCCUGUCCGCGGAUGGAUUCGACGUCCUGAAGCGGCUCCUCUCCUGCAACGCCGACAGGAGGCCGUCGGCAACUGCCGCACUCCGAAGCCCGUGGUUCACCAAAGACAUUGAUUCUAAGGCUUCAGUUUCUUCUGCUGCCGUUGCAAAGGUUGAUGGUGAUGGAUGAUCUGAAACAAGAAAAUAGUGUGACGUAUUUCUGACGUGCAUGCUUUUCCCAUAUACUCCGGUAACAAACGUAACAUAAUGGAGAUCAGCAGUCUUAAGAAACAUUAUGAUUA